AUGUCUCAGCCAUCAUCGCCCGCAAUCCGCACCGCCGAGGCGGCAUCCAUCUUCCUCUCAACCCUCACCGCAGGCGGCAACCUGGCGCUUUCUUUUCUCGUAGUGCCGCGCCUCCUAGAGUCCCCCACGCCCCUGAUGCUGCGCCAAUGGGUCAACAGCUACAACAUCACAAAGGUGGUCUUCCCCGCGCUGGGCAGCCUCUCCGGCCUCUCAUACCUAUUCCUGUCCUACCACCACCACCAGUCUGCCGCCGCGACCAAGGCCAAGGCCUACCUCGGCGCGGGUCUGCUCUGCCUGAGCGUUAUGCCGUACACGGGGCUCUUCAUCGUCCCCACCAACAAGAAGAUCAUGCGCAAGGCGGAGGAGAUGAGGGGGCUCAAGGCCGUCGAGGGCGUCGAGGCCGAGGACAAGGGCGUCGGGCCCCUGGGCGAGGAGAGCGCCAAGUGGCUUGUUGACCACUGGGGGAUGCUGAACCUGCCACGGGGGAUCGUCACUGCCGUUGCUGGGAUUCUGGGGCUGGCUGCUACGGUUUGA